UUUUUUUACGAGUGAUCUUAUCCAAACGAUAUUUUUGAUCAAACAUGAAUGUAUCAAGUGGAAAACAAUUAUGCAAGGAAGGCAGUGAUACGUGCUCAACAGACAAAGAUCUUGAAACUCCUGCCAAUGGCAUGCCUUACAAGUCGCCCGAAGAAAAACGUUUUGUUCGUAAAAUGAAUUGGACUAUUCUACCGCUUGUCGCCUUUAUCAUUUUUAUCCAGUUUGCCGAUAAAGCAGCCAUUAGCGUUGCCGCAGUACUAGGCUUAAUGGAAGACACUCAUAUCAGUGGAGAACAGUUCAGUUGGGUUGCCUCCAUUUUUUACUUGGGCUAUCUCGUAUAUCAAUUACCCAACAACUAUCUUUUACAAAAAGUACCACAUGGACGCUAUCUUGGCGUGUUACUCUUAAUGUGGGGUACGGUGAUGUGUACCACCUCAUUAUGCCAUAAUUUUGCGGAAUUGAUGGCCACACGUUUCCUGCUGGGUCUUUUUGAAGCCGGCACGAGCCCUUGUAUCUUUAUCAUCUUGAAUACUUUAUAUCGUCGCACAGAACAAGCCGCAUGCUUUGGUUAUGUGGCCGCAUGCACAGGUAUGGGGGCCGUUAUCGGUACCCUCUUAUCAUUUGCUAUUUCAUUUAUGGAAGGCGUGGCCGGUCUCCGAGCAUGGCGAUGGGUCUACAUUAUUCUCGGUGCCAUCACGAUUUUCUUUGGCUUUAUUGUAUUUUUCUUCUUGGCCGAUGACCCCAACCACAAAUUACUUCGAUUGACCGAAGUGGAGAAAGAAAUUGUAAAGGAGCGUACCCAAGACAAUGCCGUAGUCCGCAGCAGAAAGAUCAAAACGUAUCAAAUGUGGGAAGCAUUGAAAGAGCCCCGCUUAUGGCUCAUAUUACUGGCUUCGUUAUGCAUCAACUUUCAAAACGGUGCACUCGUGAAUUUCAGCGCGACCUUGGUGAAAGGAUUCAAUUUCUCUGCUACAGAAUCGAUCAUAUUACAAAUUCCCAGCGGUUUAGCGGCAGCGUUUGCUGCUAUCAUUGCUGUCAUAACUGCGCGAAAGUCACGUCAAGCCAUUUAUACUGGCAUUGGCAUGGGCAUUGUAUCUGCUAUUGGCUGUUUAUUACUGGCAGUGAUUCCUCAGAGUGCCGGAGCAGUCAAGUUAUUGGGUUAUUACUUGAGCUGGGCAAUGGCCGGCGCCUACACGAUCAUUCUUACCGUGAUCGCCAACAACGUAUCGGGUUAUACCAAAAAGAUCUUUUAUAACGGGGCUUAUAUGAUCUUCUCUACCUUUGGUAACUUUAUCGGUCCGCUGAUGAUGGUCCAAACGCAAGCUCCCGGCUACGUUGGUGGUAUGAUAGGCUACACAGUAGCCAAUGUUGUUGUCAUCAUUUGCUUGAUCUUGAUACGAUACAUCAUGGCCAAAGAAAAUCGUCGACGCUUAGCCGAUCCUCCCACGGAACCGACGGAUGUGUACCUCGAUCUCACCGAUGCCGAAGAUAGAAAUUACAUCUAUCGCCUAUAAUGUUACUGGCUUUCAGGGUGCGGAACUGACUCGUCAUGUCAGAGCACGACAUAUUCUCUAUUGUAUUCUACAUCUCACAUGAUGCUAUGUUACACUUGUAUGAGCAAUCAGUCUUUGUAUUUUAAUAACUCUAUUGAUUGGAUGACAAUCGCGAUCACAUAGUAAAUUAUGACAAAUUAUUUCAG